CAGCAGGCAGCGAACGAGAUGCUCGCCUCUUUUGGGAUCAAGAUCGCAUCGGUGAGGCACAUAGACUGGCAGGCGGGAGCCUCUCAAUCAGCUGGCAUGUUCGCAAGGUCUCAAGCUGCACGAUUGCUAUAACGAGUCGGGCACGUCACCAACGAUCCUAGCGACCAGUCUGGACGCGAAGUCGUACGGACUGCGGCUCGAGAUGUCGGGCGGUAUGUCUCAGAGUGAGACUGCUCCCGCUAUGGCCCUCAGGAGGAGCAAGAACGACAUCUUUGGCACUUCUUGGCGUACAGAGGCGCCUGACCUACCAAACCCUACGCCAGCCCCCCCUUGGGCAGACGCAGGCUGGCAGAGCGAGCCUCGAUAUGGCUCUAAGCUAGAUCAGGCCACUCUCGUACAACAGAACAGUGUCUCUUCGACGACGCCGCGCCGUUCCUGGCUCGAUAGCCCGUUGCCCAAGGUUGACAGAGCUGUACCGCCGGUGCCUAUCAUUUCGCUCGAUUUGGGACUCUUGACGCCGCAUUCCAGCGAUGAGCCAGGCCUGCUUACGCCCGGCUCUCACGAGCGCCCCUCUCUGCCCGAUAUUCUGCCAUCGUCGUCAUCAGUCAAGCUUAGGCUCUACAAGACGCGGCAGUUCUGGCUAGGCUCCGGCCGGCAUGCCGAUGUCUUCUUGUCGUCGUACGCACAGCAGGCCCAUGGCGAGGGUCCGGGUGCAUGGCAGCUAUGUGCUGCAAAGCAAGUCCAUAUGGACCGUGAAUCGCAGCUCGAAGGAUUGACAGAGGCGUUCAUCAUGGGCAAGCUUGGCAAGGCUCGUCCGCCCCGCAGCCGACUAUCUGACUCUGCAGAUGUCAAUGAGCCAGGUCGGUGCUAUCUACUAGGCCUCCUGGGCGUCAAAAGCGAGCUGGACGGUGUCGAGAGCGAGCCGAAUUUGCCAGGUGUUGCAUUGCGAUCUCAACAGGCAGCCGCCACGUCAGAAUUAGGACUCGGACUGCCCAAGCCCAAGCUGAGCCUGAACAGACACCUGAGACACCUCGAUGUUGCUCCUGUCGAGGAGAUGCAGCUACGUACAGCAGAGGGCAGGCCGCGAUCGGGCUCGCUCGGUGUCAUGAGUUCUCAUCAUUCUCGCGCCGUCAGCGGGGCGAUGGGACGGACGCACGUAGACGCAGAGCGCCAUCAAAUACCACGCGCUGUCGAAGUGCCUUUGCCACCUGGCGUUCAUGCGGACUCGCAUGCCGCGCCAUUGUCUACCAGCCUGCAAGAGCCAUAUACGCCGAUCGCAUCUGGAUCAAAUGAUGCCUUUCUGCCGCUCUCUGACGAUCGCUCGUCACUUCGACGCUCAGAAUCUGCCCGUCAACCCGCUUCUUUCCAUCACCCGCGCGGACAGCGGCACGGAUUGGCUUCCAUACAAAGUGCGCAUGAGCAGCAUCCCCACGAGACUCGCGGUACAUCCCAACUCAUCUUGCUGCUUGAAUACUGCCCCCAUGGAAGCCUGUACUCGCUCAUGCGAGCGGAGCCGACUCGGCUAUCGCGCAAGAUGUGGUUUAGAUGGGCAAUCCAACUCGCGUCUGCUAUUGCUUGCUGCCAUCAUCGAGGGAUCUUACAUGCGGAUAUCAAGCCUCAGAACGUACUGCUUGCAGCUGAUUGGUCAGUGAGACUUUCCGACUUUGGCGCCUCCCGCCCCAUCUCUCGACGACGGCCACUGCCCGAUGACCCCAUAGGUCUCGGCACGACUGUCUAUAACCCUCCAGAGCUUGUCAGACCUCCACCCUCUUCCUUCUCGUUCGAGGCCGACAUCUUUGCUCUAGGCGUGACGUUCAAUACCCUCAUCGUCGGUGGUGAGCCGUACAGAGGUAUCUCCUCGCCAGUCGAGCAGAUGCUAUGGGUCUUGCGCGGCGGUUACUGGGAAUGGGAGGAGCGCCAACGCCUGAUGAUGGGCACAUCGAGCAGCAGAGCCUCUUCUGUCGCCGGCACGCCGAAGCAUAGCAAGACGAGGACUUCGAUCUCGCUCGCGACGGAAGCGCUCUCGCGCAAGAGCAGCGUCAAGAGCAGCCGCGGUCGUAGCGAUAGUCUGCAGACUGAUUUCGGGCUGAAUGACCUCGGCAAUCUGUCUGGCUCUCUGUCUGGGUCGCUGAAUGAUGCAGCUCGAUUUUCGUUCGGUGCUGCAGCGACGCCAUCAACAGGCGCACCCAUCAAGCAGCACAUCAGCUCGCGCCUAGUAGCGACAUUGCUCCGUCCUGAGAUCGAUGCGGACGAAAGUCGAGAGAUCGACAAGAUUCCCUCUCCAAUAUCACCAACGGACACCUCCCGCAGGAGUCCAAUCUCGCCCCUCGAUGACGCAUGGUCAGAUGAUCAGGAACAUCUACACGAUGACUAUGCCAACACGAGUACAGAGGUCUACUCUGACCACACUCCCUUGCAAUACUUUCUAGACGGUGUACACGUCGUGCCGGAAUCGCUCCGAGAGCUCCUGCGCUCCAUGACAUCGCCGCAAGCACAAGAUCGUCCUACCAUAGAUUACGUCUGCGCUGCACUAGAUAGCCUCGCCACAUUGCUCUGAAUGCUACCAGCACUGCCGCUUGUUGCUUAUCUUAUUGUACUGCUUGUAUCGCAUGACAUGUAUGCAUGUCUUGUAGUGAUGAGCUCGGGCCUCACCGAGGGCUGCAUGGCUGCCGAGCGAUCGGGAGUCAGGAUACUUUCGACAGAUCGAGCGGCUGUUGCGAGUCUCGGUCG